AUGGCUGCCAUCGCCCACCCGGUCUCCAACAUUGCCGUGGCAUUCGGGCGCAUGCAAGAUGGCGGCCAUGCCCCUUCGACCCACUCCUUGCCCACGCCCCCGAGCUCCAUCUCGCCCACGCUUCCCGCUCACAAGCGAGGCCCGAUACCUGCCAUGGGUCGUCUGUCUACACCGGAAGAGGAGUCGAUGGAGAUAGAUCUCCAGGAUGCCGUGGAGCAUGCUGCGGCGCAGGAUCAGCCCUCUGCGCUGUCCAAGGAGGCUCUGGCAGGCCUCGAUGCCACGCGCCAAAUCACGGCACUGAUGCUGGCCCGAAACUAUCUCCCGGAUAUCAUUGUCGGACACGGUGCGAUGCCCAUCCGCGAGAUGAUGGCCCACCUAACCCAGUCGGUACCGGGCUUUUCAGGACUGCCACCCGCCAAGGCGCGGAGGCUGGUUGUCGCUGCGCUGGAACAUCGCGCCGGCGGCGGCUUGCACGGCGAGGUGAAAUUUGAAAAGGUGGGCUGGGGACGCUGGAGCGUCGCAGGGUCUGGUACACAGGCCCGAGGCAUGCCCAUCGGCUCGGCUCGCUCAGGGAACAGACAGACUCCCCCGGCGAGUGUCGAUAGCAUCCGCGGCAGUGCGCAAACACGCAAGGUGCGCAACACGUGCGAUGUCUACUCGGGCAGCUGGAAUGCUGGCUCGUGGUCGCCGCACCGCCAGGACGAGGACGAAGAAAUGGCGGAUAACAUGUCCUUGGACGGCUCCGAGGGCAGCACGGAAUCCGAGUUGGAGUCGGAUAUGGAUCUGGAAGCAGAUUUGAACGAUGAUACGGACGAAGAAGACUGGGCUGCGCUGGGACCAGACGCACUUCGCCAACCCCACUACGGACCGCGCCGUGAAAAUCGCGACUACAAUUAUCUAAGCCGAACGCAGACGAGCAACCCGCGCUAUCGGAGCGUCUCCACCCAGGCCCACUCGCUACCUCAUGGACCUCACCCUUCCAGUGCAAUGCGUCCAACCUACAACAGGCACCUUACUGUUCCUGCUGCAUCCCGCGGAAAUCACGCCGUGAACGCGGGUACCUCCUCCAUCACUGCUUUUGCUGCAUCGUCUGGCGUCACCGGCUCCGGAGCUGAGCGUGACGCCAUUGAAGCUCUUAUUGCCAUGGGCUCCAUGUAG